AUGCCGAUUGUAGUUGCACAAGAACUGAGUGGGAGCCAUGCGCCACCCGAGGCUUAAUACGUAUAUAGUCAUUCACAGAACCACCUGGCAGAGAGCCAGGAGAACUGCAGCGAUAGGAGUGGGAUCAAGUGCAAGAUCACCGGCGAAUCGGCGGGAGCAAUCAACAGAGCACUCGGAAAAAAUGUAUAA